AUAGAAAAAAUGGCAGUGAGAACAAAAAUCAAACACCUCUCGUGCGCCAAAACCAUCCGCCGCCUCCGGCAUCAGCCCCGCCACUGCCUCCGCAAAGAAGGUACUCAUUCUCUUCUCAAGGAAGAUCCGUUGGAAAUCCUGUCUAAUCUGUGGAUCAAAACUUUCUCUCAACCCCAAAAGCCCUUCACUAACCUCACUGGCUUUCUCUCAAAGCUCGAUCUCUGGGUCCUCGCUUACCAACGCACAUAUGCUCAUCUCACUGGUUCUUUCCCCCCUCGGAAUGCUAUCCAAUCCCAUGUUCUAUCCGAGCUCUUAUCCCUCCGGAAUACAGUUAUCCGUGGAAAAUUCCUUUGGCAUACAAAAAUCCAUCAAUAUAUUCGUGGCCCUAAUGAAAAACCCAUUACUGAGCAGCUUUCCAGGAGUCAGCUCCAAUCUAUACUCACAUCCAAAACGCCGCCCUUUCAGGAUGUUGUGGUACAACAAGCUUUACUUAUGAUAUUUGAACCCAUUUUUGAGCCUAGGUUUUCAUCAAAGUCCCACGCUUUUCGCCCUGGAAGGAAUCCCCAUACUGUUAUUAGGACGAUUAGAAGUAAUUUUGCUGGUUAUUUGUGGUUUCUGAAAGGUGAUAUUAGUGAGGUUUUUGAUAAUGUUGAUGUUGAUGUCGUUAUGGCUACUCUCGAAAAGGCUAUCAAGGAUAAGAAGGUGUUGAACUUAAUAAAGUCGGGGUUGAAAGCUCAUCGACGUGGAGAGGAGGGUGAAGAAGAAAAAGAUAGCAGGAAGAGAAAGAAGGGGCGGACAAAAAAGAGGAUUUUAAAUGAGAAUGAGCCCAAGCCAGACCCUUAUUGGUUAAGGACAUUCUUUGAGUUUGCUCCGCAGGAGGCUUCUAAGAUACCCAAUUAUGGUGGUUGUGGAAUUCUAAGUCCUUUGUUGGCUAAUGUAUGUCUUAAUGAGCUUGAUCAUAUGAUGGAACAGAAAAUAGUUGAGUUUUUUAGGCCGUGUGAGCGAGACACGAUAUGGAAAUAUUCUAUGGAUGAUGGUUGUCAUAAUCCUGCUUGGCCUGAGUUUGUUCCUUCAAGUGGAAAAGAGAAGACGAGGAAGAUGGAUUUUAUAAGGUUUGGGGGUCAUUUCUUGGUUGGGAUUCGAGGGCCUAGACAAGAUGCCGUGGAAAUGAGGAAAGAGAUAAUUGAAUUUUGUGAGAGAAUUUUUGGGGUCAGGUUGGACAAUUCAAAAAUAGAGAUUGAGCAUAUUUCUAGGGGAAUUCAGUUCCUGGAUCAUAUUAUUUGUCGUCGUGUUAUUUAUCCAACUCUACGUUACACAGCCAGUGGUGGUAAUAUAGUGAGUGAGAAAGGUGUAGGUACUUUGCUUUCAGUCUCUGCUAGCUUGCAACAAUGUAUCCACCAGUUUCGAAAGCUCAAGCUUGUGAAAGGUGAUAGGGAUCCAGAGCCACUGCCUUGCACACCUAUGCUUUACUCUGGUCAAGCUCACACUAAUUCUCAGAUGAACAAAUUCCUUGAGACAAUGGCUGAUUGGUUCAGAUAUGCAGAUAAUCGGAGAAAAGUUGUUGGCUUUUGUGCAUAUGUGGUUCGUAGCUCUCUGGCUAAGUUAUAUGCUGCCAGGUAUAGGCUGAAAUCUCGUGCCAAGGUUUAUAAGAUUGCGUCGCGUGAUUUAAGCUGUCCAUUGAGGGAGCACACCAACAAUUCUGCACCUGAGUAUUCAGAUCUUUUGAGGAUGGGACUUGUUGAUGCUAUUGAAGGUGUUCGGUUUUCCCACAUGUCCUCAAUCCCGUCAUGUGAUUACACUCCAUUUCCAAGGAAUUGGAUCCCUGAUCAUGAGAAGGUGUUGCAUGAGUAUAUCAACUUACAGGACCCCAAGUUUUUCUACCAGCUGCAGAAGUCAGUUAAACAGCAUGGUAUGUGUUUUCCUCAAGAUGAGAUAUCUCAUAUUGUGUGGCAGUAUAAGACUCUUGGGGUGCGAAGCUUGUCGCAGAGGUUAUGUGAUGACAAGGGGAUGGAAAAUGCUUAUGAGAAAGUAAUGGUGGCAUCAUCAUGAACGUGGCAUGAAAUGUGAAAGUUUAUCAACAUAUAUUGCUAUUGAUGGUGCCAACUGACUUCUUAUUUUUCUGAA